GGUAAAAAAUUAAGAAGUGUAUGUGUGAAUAGCACCACCCUUAUAUAACAUCAAUUAGAAACAUCAUAAUAUUACACCGUUUGCCUACAAAUUGUUCAAUUUUAUAUGUUUUUAUUUAUUUCUUGAAAAUUUGUGUUUUACCAUCCCUAUUGGCCGAGCCAGAUGGAUGCCUUAUUAAUCCGAGAGACUAUGAUGUGCUUAAUUUGAUUUAAAUUUUAUUCGAGGCAAUGAUGCAUCUUUAAACUCUUCCACUUAUUCUCUCACUAAUCAUGUUAAUGUAAAAGUAUAUAUCUUUACAAGCAUACUCUACUAAAUUUGGAUUUAUAUGUAUCUAGUCAUUCAGGUGAUGGGAACUAUUAAAAAGUAUAAUAUCAUACGAUUCCAUUUUUUGGGAAAUUAGUCAAACUCUCAACAACUGGCUUUCUUCUAGUGUGGGAUGUAUGGGAACAAAUAACCAUAUAUGAAAUGAAGCCGUCAGAUUAAUUCAUGGCAAGCACGUCCAAGAAGUGGCCUACCAUAUAGAAAAACAAAACAAAUAAACAAAAUAAGGAAUAAAUGCCCUUGAAAAAACAAAAGGUUCCAAGUCUGGCCUUAUUAUUUGUAUAUAUAUGUACAUGUACAGCCAGCCAUUUUUCCAACCAGCAAAACCAAUAUUGUCAACGAAAAAUGAGCAGGAAAUAUGCAAGAUUGUGUGGUGGCCGGCCGACUGUUUGUCUCCAAUCCAUCCACUGUCUCUCCGGUCGAAACACACGUCUAGACGGCGUUCCGGUUCUGUCAAAGCUACUACUGAUCAUAACAGCACAGAGUUUUUGAACAAUAUCAGCAGCAGCGGGGAUGAUGACUUGAGUAGUACUGCAGAGGAUGUGAAAAGUGGGAACAAGAUAAUGGUUGUUGUGGAUUCAAGCCUUGAAGCUAAGGGAGCUCUCGAAUGGGCACUAUCCUACACUGUCCAAUCCCAGGAUACCAUUGUUCUUCUUCAUGUAGCCAAACCCUCCAAACAACAAGACUCAAAUGGGAAGACUAAUUUGAGGGCUUUUGAACUGCUUCACUCUAUGAAAAAUGUGUGUCAAAGAAAACGGCCUGGGGUGAAUGUGGAGGUAGCAUUGCUUGAAGGGAAAGAGAAGGGCCCAAGAACAGUGGAAGAAGCAAAGAGACAAAGGGUGUCCCUACUUGUUCUUGGCCAAAAAGGAAAGAGGUCGAACUGGUGGCAGCUUAUCAAGAGGUGGACGAGGAGCAGAUCAUCGGGGGAGGUUUUUGUGGAAUACUGCAUUCAAAAUGCUGCAUGCAUGACGAUUGCAGUGAGGAGAAAGAGCAAGAAAUUGGGAGGUUACUUGAUCACCACCAAGCUUCACAAGAAUUUCUGGCUUCUAGCUUGAUUGAAAUAUGACCACAUGGUUCUUAGUUACAUUUAAGAAGUCAUUCAUUUUUCAACGGAAAAUCACAGUCUGACGCAUAUACAAAAGUAUUUCACUGAAA